AUGGCGUCUUGGCGCUGUAAUCACCGUGCAAGAACUGCGCCGUGGCCAACGCAGCGGCCAAUAUGGACGAAACAGCCGGCUUUGUCCACCGCCAUUCUAUUCGUUCGUUGGCACAAUGUACUUCCAAGUUCUAAUGCUGGUCUUCUAGCAUCAUCAUCAUUUGGUCUCUUGUGUUACGGCUUCAGAGCACAGUUACACAUUGAACGCAGAUAUGAGAAGAUUUCAUAUCAAACUCCAAAGAUUAAAUCGUCCCCCUUGAACAGCAGCCGAUUCCCGAGACACAUCGGCCGGGAUGAGACAAACAAGGCCUGCAAACCACGCCGGAUCAUCUCCGUCUCUCACCCACAAUCACACUCACACUCAAAUGCAACUCCCGAAAGCGAUAAGAACCUUCCAACGACACUUGCAUUCCACAAAUCAGCAUACACAAGUUAUCUGCCGUCCAUGUCGCGUGCGCAGUUUGUCAAUGCAGCUUCAGCCCAAGAACCCCACGCCGCGUCUCCAAGGGUCGUCUCCCGCUUCCCCCUUCUUGUUCUUGACACUCCGCGUAUAUUAUACGUGUACGAAUGCACACAGUAA